UGUGGAUUGGCCACUAUCAUAUUCAAACGAGGUUUUAACGUUUUUGGACGGUUUUCUUCGUUAUAUUUGCAACUCAAAAAAGUCGUUUUUUACGCGGGCCCAUACAAAUUUGGUACGCAUCCCUCGCGUAGAAAACGACCUUAGUGUACAUGAUAUUUUUGGCUUGCCGGCAAUAUGUUUUACCUCGAUUGAGAAAUUGGUAUUAUUUUUGGAAAAUUUUGAAAAUCAACCAAAAAGUACAUAAAUUUUCCUUCAAAAUGAAGUUUGAUAAAUCGGAUCAAAACUGAGGGAGUUACAGGUGUUUGAAGUUAAGGUAAAAAUUGUGACUUCAAACAUGAAAAUCAUCGAAAUUGCCUGAUAAAACAACAUUCAAAGUGCGAUUUAAAAUUGAUAUCUCAAUCGAUUGUUAUAAAACUUUGGGUAAAGGUCAUAUAUAGUUUGAGAAUCUUCGGAGAAAUGCAAAACAUAAAAAAUAUUGACAUGAAAAAUCGAAGUUUUUCCGGCCUCCGACCACUCUGCGGCGUCGUUGUUGUUCCACAUGGUAUAACAUAACCAACAACUAUUUUGGAAUAUGCAAUAGCGAAAUAGUUUGUGACUGCUGUCCACAUAAGCAUUGAUGAUGGUUGUAUGUAGCAACCGAAAUACGUAUUUGCGGACGGUAUCAAAAGGUAUUCGGUCUUUUAUAGUACAGUUAAAUUAAAACAUAGCCUAUUUUCAAUGCUUAAUUAAUCAAAAAUUAAACUCCAUUCUAUUAAGAUGCUUGUCUAAGGUAAGGCGAUGGUCUCUUGUGCCUACUGUUUAACAUUGCCCUGGAAGGUGUCAUUAGAAAAGCGGGGAUUAACACGAGUGGCACGAUAUUCCAAAAGUCAGUUCAACUGUUUGGUUUCGCCGACGAUAUCGACAUUGUGGCUCGGACCUUUGUGAAGAUGGCGGAUACGUACAUCGGACUAAAGGCUGAAGUCAAACGGAUUGGACUGGUCAUCAAUGCAUCGAAGACGAAGUACAUGAAAGGAAGGGGUUCACGAGAAGACAAUGCUAACCUCCCACCUCGAGUUCAAAUUGGUGGUGAUGAAAUCGAGGUGGUUGAUGAGCUCGUGUAUCUGGGCUCACUGGUAACUGCCGACAACGAUACCAGCAGAGAAAUUCAACGGCACAUUAUGGUGGGAAAUCGUGCAUACUUUGCUCUCCGGAGGACGCUCCGAUCGAGUAGAAUUCGUCGCCGCACCAAGUUAACCAUCUACAAGACGCUGAUCAGACCGGUAGUCCUCUACGGGCAUGAGUCAUGGACUAUGAUUGUGGAGGACCAACGCGCCCUUGCGGUCUUCGAGCGGAAGGUGUUGCGUACCAUCUUCGGUGGACUGCAGAUGGAAAACGGAGUGUGGAGAAGGCGAAUGAACCACGAACUGCAGGAGCUGCUUGGGAAGCCAUCUAUCGUCCACACCGCUAGGAUAGAUGGUUCUUGAAACCAAUCCGUCAGGGACGAGACAGAGAGGUGCAAAGCGGGCAAGGUGGAUCUAUCUGGUGGAAGACGACCUGCGGACCCUACGCAGACUGCAGAGCUGGCGAACUGUAGCCAUGGACCGAGUGGAAUGGAGACGGCUCUUACGUACAGUAAAGGCCACACCACGGCUUGGGACUGUU